AAACCCUCCCAGGAUGAGACUGGAGUCCUCCCCUGAGCUGGACUCUUUCUCAGUCCUUUGUGCCAGGACACUGUCAGGACCGGCAACAGACAAGCCGCCAGCAUGAAUGACAUCUACAAAGCAGCGGUUGAACAGCUCACAGAUGAACAGAAAAAUGAGUUCAAGGCCGCCUUCGACAUCUUUGUGCAAGACGCAGAGGAUGGCUGCAUCAGCACCAAGGAGCUGGGAAAGGUUAUGAGGAUGCUCGGUCAGAACCCCACGCCAGAGGAGCUGCAGGAGAUGAUAGACGAGGUGGAUGAAGAUGGGAGCGGCACAGUGGACUUUGAUGAGUUCCUGGUCAUGAUGGUGAGAUGCAUGAAGGACGACAGCAAAGGGAAGACAGAAGAAGAGCUCGCUGAGCUCUUCAGGAUGUUUGACAAAAAUGCAGACGGUUACAUCGACCUGGAUGAGCUGAAAAUGAUGCUGGAAUCCACAGGAGAAGUGAUCACUGAGGAUGAUAUUGAAGAGCUGAUGAAAGACGGGGACAAGAACAAUGAUGGCAAAAUUGACUAUGAUGAAUUCUUGGAGUUCAUGAAAGGAGUGGAGUAACCCUGAGCUGGAGAGGAUAAAAGUAAUUUUGAGUGUCACUGUGACUCCACAGUCAUCUGUGGAAAACUGGAUUUGGCUACAGUUGAUGGAAAACAAUGGGUCAGCAUUGCAAACACUGUAUCUGAUUUUUUUUUUUUUUUUGUCUUUUGUAUUUUCUAUCAUAUCUUCCAUUGUUGAAGACACAAUUUUUGACUUUCAGUACAUUGAAUCUGUGUAAAUGUGUCUAGAUCACUUAAAAUGUUUGUUGAGACCAAAUAUUAUUUCCCCUAUAGCUGAUUUAUGUUGGGUUUUUGUAUUAUGCUUCCAGGUAAAUAUAAUUUUUCAAAGGCUGCAGUCCAGUUCCUAAUAGGAUGCUGAAGAUAUAAAAAAACGCAAAGUAAACUCUUGUUGGAAUAAUCAUUUUAUCCAGGGAUUGCGCCGGAUCCAGUGAGUUUGCAUGCCAUGAUGUACAGUUUCUCUGUGUCUAAAGUCCCAUCAGGAUAUUUCAUUCUAUCCAGGUGUUUCAAGUUUGACUGUCUGUUGCACUUGUAUGGUGCACUCAUGUAAUAAACAAAAUCCGAUCAACAAUAA